GCGAUGCUAAAGGCGCUGCUCCAAGAGAUCCAGUCUUCUCAAGUUUCCAACUCUGACUCUCCCUCCCUACUGGCACCACCCCCCCUCCUGAGGGACCUCAUGCGCCAGGAACUCCGGCAGUUACUCCAAGGCCUCCGCCUUAAGGCUAUCAGUGAGGGCAGGGAUCAGACCCAGAUGUGGGCACAGUAUAGUCCCAGGGUCCUUCGCUUUGCCUUAGAGGAGCCCAGGUGUGACUCUACACAACAGGAACCAUUCCCGAUGCCAGCUGGUGAGCCCAGGACUAGAAUGAGCAACACAGAGAGGGUGACGCUAACCUCACCAGUCAGCAGCUGUCCCAGGGAUCUCACUGUCAUCAAGGACCAACUGAACGUGUCUAACAUUGACCAGGUUGUCAGACACCUGAGAAGCCUCCUGGAGGAGGAGUGUCACAUGUUGCAGAAAGAGAUCUCUGACCUGCAGCACUGUCUGGAAAUGGAGCAGAUGCAGGCUGGCCAGGACACCCUAAUGCCCACCCUGGGAGAGAUAAAGGAUCAGAAGAAGGCCAUGGAACGGGAGCUGCAGGUCUCUCUGGGACCUUCCUUUACCGUGGCCAAGCACAGGCAGAAGCCUUUGAGGUCAUCCAUUCCUGGCCUUAGACCCCUCCCUUGUCUCCAUGGCUACAUGCCUACACCUCCUUCGGAGCACUGCCCCCACCCUCAAGGUCAGGCAAGCGCCCGCCGCUGGAGACGGCAACUUCGGCACAGCUCUUGCAAAGAGACAACUGCCACAUCAGUUUCCCGUGCAGCAUCCCAGGCACCGACCUGAAGGGUUGCUCACAAACAGGCUUCUGCUUCUGCCGAGACUCGCCCAUCUGUUGUUGCCUCCAGCUGCCACAGCUCCGUUUCUGCUUCAUCCUCAGAUGAGCUCACAUGUCCCCCCCUACCCCUCCCACCCCGUCCUCCACAAGCUGUGUGUUGGUCUGGUCCCAGCCCCACCCUUGUCAGAUCACUGCUGUCGAGAACGGAGUGGCAGGACACCUGUUCUAACCAUCGAAGCCUUUGGCCCGU